AAUGUACACAUUAGAGAUACUGGUUCUGCUGGCUGGUCGCUCUCUUAUUGACAGCAAAAUCUCUGUAGUCGAGGUUUGUGUUUCUGUCACUGGCGGCACGUUUCAUUUUUAGCAUCCAUCGAUGAGAUCAGCACGCGACGACGUCACGGGGAAGCAGUCGUUGAAGUACUGCAUUGACUGUGUACAGUACUGCAUUGACUGUGUACAGUAGUGCAUUGACUGUGUACAGAAGUGCAGCAAGUUGUGGUGUGAGAUACUACUAGAUCUGGUAUCGAUCCGAUACAGAGUGAAGAUGAAGCUCAGCAUGUCUCUCCUGCUGCCGGUCCUGUUUGCUGUCGCGGGGCUGAGCGAAGCCCAUUUCAGGACGUCUCUCCUGGACAUGUCCGGGAUCCUUCCCAGCCUCAGCCGCCCGGCAAACCACAGCCGCAUCUUCUACGCGGUGAUGUUUGACGCAGGGAGCACGGGGACGCGCAUUCACGUCUACACCUUUAUCCAUAGUGACUCAGAGCAGCUGCCUGUUUUGGACAAUGAGAUGUUCCAUUCCAUAAAGCCGGGGUUGUCCGCGUACGCCGACUCCCCCGAAAUGGCCGGACAAACGGUGAGGAUGUUGUUGAAGGUGGCGAAGAAGACGGUGCCUCGUCUGGAGUGGAAGAGAACUCCUCUGGUCCUCAGGGCCACAGCUGGACUCCGGCUGCUGGCUCUGGAGAAAGCCCAGGCUCUUUUAGACCAGGUACAGCGCGCGUUUGAUGAAUCUCCGUUUCUGGUCCCAGACGACAGCGUCAGCAUAAUGAACGGCACGAACGAAGGAAUCCUGGCUUGGAUAUCUUUGAACUUUCUAACAGGUCACCUGAAUGCGCAAAUGAAGAAGACGGUGGGGAUCUUGGAUUUGGGCGGAGGAUCGACGCAGAUCACUUUCCUGCCGAAACUCCGGAAAACCAUCGAAAGCGUGCCUGUUGCUGAUUACGUUGCCAGAUUCGAAUUCUUCAACUCGACAUAUGAAUUGUACACUCACAGUUACCUUGGAAAUGGACUAAUGGCAGCGCGACUGGCCACGCUGGGCGCUCUGGGUGCAGAAGGGUUGGAGUGGCAGGUUUUUAAGAGUUCCUGUCUACCAAAAAAAUUUAGGGAUGAAUGGAGCUUCGGAGGUCUGACCUAUCAAGUGAGCGGGGACCCAGAUGGUUAUGCAGGAUACAAGCUUUGUUAUCAGGAAGUACUCAAAGUUGUGAAGGGGAUUAUUCAUCAGCCUCACGAGCUUGAAGACAGCAAUGUUUUCUAUGCAUUCUCCUAUUACUUUGACAGAGCUGUGGAUGCAGGCCUUAUCGAUGAUGUCAGAGGAGGGAUGCUGGAGGUGAGAGACUUCAAGAAGAGAGCCAAGGAGGUUUGCAAUAAGAUGACAAAGUACCCUUCCGUCAGUCCUUUCCUGUGUAUGGACAUGACCUACAUCACUUGUCUACUUAAGGAUGGGUUCGGCUUCAAGGAGAGUACUGUGCUACAGCUAACCAAGAAAGUGAACAACGUGGAGGCUAGCUGGGCUCUGGGCGCUACGUUGGACCACUUCCACAACCUGAAGCUCCGCUGAGGAGAAGGGAGGAACGGACACUGAUAACGAGAUGCUGAUUUAAAUGGAAGUCACUAACACACACACACACAAGUAAUGUGCUCUACCUUAUUUAACUGGCCCAGGCAUCUGCUGUUUGUUUCAGAAGGGCAGAACUAAUCUCACGAGUAAUUCUUAAUUUCUUUUAAAAAGCAAUUAUUCUCAAGUGUUAAUAUGUUGAACUGCAAUUGAGCAAUGUGUUGCCUUACUCAGAGAACAAGUGAACCACUGGAGGCUGAAUGAGAGAUGCGAGCAAUAACACCUCAGUUAAUGCAGCUCUGGGCAUUACUGGAUGCACGAUUUGUUUGAAAUGGAUGUUUUUUUUUCUGUUCUGUGCUGAUAAACAGGGCGGCCUGCCUUGGUCACGGUGGCUGGUUGUGUAACAACAAUGUUUACAUGCUGCAAUGUAAUAUACGGUGCUGUAGCAGUUUUAAAUGUCACGUGUUUGUGUUAUUAAUAAGGAUAAUGGUGGUAUACAUGUAUGUGGUACACUUAAAUUUGACAGAUCAGCCGUAGAGGUUUUGGGAAUUCAUUUUUCAUCAGGGAUCAUCUUUAACCCCAGACUUCUGUUUACAAUGAUGAUGCACAUUAAAAUGCAUGGUCACUUA